AGAAGAAGAAAGAGAUUUGACAGUUAUCGCGGGUUUGUUUACAUAGAAAAAUUUUCGGGUCGAAUAAAAAAGCGGAAGUUUCUUGUUAAAAAUUGCGUUUCCAAGAAAGACCAAAAGAUCACAGUAACGAAUUCGCAUAGGCGGAGAGUUUUCCCAUCUUUUUCGUACUCGUAUCAUUCAUUUUCACUCCGAUCACAUAAAAUGUAAUUAGAACACCUUGUAAACAAACCCGUGGGAAGUGUCAAAAAAGUGAGGUUAUUUUUCGUGUGCAAUGAUCUGUAUUACUCGAUAUCGGUACACGGAAAACAAAAUUUACCCAACCGGAGGGUACAAACUACCUGAAAUGAUGUAAACCUUAUACAACUUACGUGUUGGGUAGUUUUGCAAUGCUAUCUCUGAGUCAUUUCAACUUAAUUUAUUUUAAACAUGCUUUUACUUAAUGAUGGUGUUUUGACAAAAAGUCAACAUUGAGUAGUUUGAACCCAAUAUUGGAUGAAAAAUCAAACUGGUUGAAAAUUCAUAACCCGCGUGAUGAAAUUGAUUCCGCGAAAGUGGCAGAGUUUUCUUUGAUAUUGGUAGUUUUGGUAUUAAAUUGGUGAUGUUAAGUGAAGAACGUGAUUUCGUGCUUCUGUUUUUAAAUAAUAGCCGCCAAUUAAGAAGAAGAUUAAAAUUGCAUUGUGAGAAUGGAGCUAGGAACAGAGGCACUUAAAGGGGAAAUAAAUGAAGCCAGUUACAUCAAAUUAGAAGGUACAUGAGUAGGUUUUGAAAUAAAUUUUAUAGAUUUUUUUCAAUGAUCCGCUUUUUAACUAAUAUCGAUUCAAUCGAAUGAAAUUAGCUGAACUCUACCCAAGGCAUAGUUUAAAAGAUUGAACUAAACGUUGGGUAUUUGUGACGUAUUAUUACUCUUAGUACUAUAUAGCUUCUAUUGAAUUAAUCUACAACUACUCAAAAUUGGCUUCCUGCACGGAACGACGCCGUUGGGUGAAAUCGAUAUGAAAAUGGGUACUUUCCGUUUUCCGUGUAGAUAUAUUUUAAUAUUUAUCGUUUAUCUGUCAAUUGACAACCCUCCAACGAUAAUAUAACGUCAAAGAGUUAUGAUGCAAAUAGGGGGGUGCCCAAAAAUGCAACGGUAAAUACUUCGUAAUUUUGAUAAAUGGAAAUAUUUUGCAAUAUAUCAAUAGUGUCUUGUCCCUAGUUCUGAACCGAAUUUAAAACAUACAAUUUGCGUUUAACUGAAUAUCUGUCCAGCUGCUCAAAACAAACCAGCGAAUUGUAUAUUUUCCUCAGCGUGUGGCACUAACACAUUCUUUCGUAUGCAGUUCUCCAUUUGAUUCUGCAUUGGUGUGAUGCAUUAGUGUUAGUAAAAUAGUUUUCCUUGUUAGCUGUAAGAAUUUGUUGUUAGCUGUAGGAAUCUCGAACAAAAAAUGAAUAAACAGAGACGAUCUCUACGCACACUACCUAAGAUUGCAAUGGUGCUAACGUUCGUGAGGUCUUGCUUGGUAAGCUCUAUCCAACUAAUAAUCCAGGUAAUAGCGAACAGUGCACGCAGCCCAUUUUCACGUUUUCUGUAGGUAGGGUAAUUUUCAAUCGCAGUAACGGAAUGAAAAACAUAAAAAUUUUGCAACGUUGCAUAGCAAUUUCAAUAAACAGAUUAGUUUAUUUUGAUCCGCGCAUGCGCACGAGAUUUAAAUAACAAAACGCCCCUAGUUUGGUGAAGUUGCUAUGCCACGUUAUACGACGUUGUUAAGGCCCAAACACAAUGGAUACGUUUGCGUUGCGUUAACGUCAAAUGUAUGUUGCGUUUGACAGAAAAUGUAUGGACUAACUGUCAAAUUGCUGCGAACGCAGCCGCAACGUACCCAUUGUGUUUAGGCCUUUAUAUUAUCUUCUCCGUUACUGCCUCCCCUAUGGCAUCGGGCCAUGUUUCAAGGGCUAACAUCUCAACAUAUGUUUAAACGAGAUACCAUAUCACCGUCUCUUUUCAUACAUAUUUAUCUUACUGCUGACAGCGGACACAAAUUGAUUUGAGCCCAGGACGUGAGUUCACUGUCAUUCACUGUUACUCGGUAUAGGGAUGCCAGUGGCUCGGUUACUGCGGGGGAAAAUUCCCUGACCCACAGAAAACGUCAAUAUGGGCUGCGUGCACUGUCCGCUAUUACCGCUCAUGGAAUAGAGGAUAGAGUAGAUAGAGAAUAUCGUGGAAUAUCGCUAUUCGAUGACCAUUAGAAGUAUUUUUGUGCUAUCUCCAACAAGCGUGUAUAGUGCGAUUCUGGUACAUAUUUAUGUUUUCCUCGUGAAAUAAAACCAUUGACGAUCCCCUCGAACGCCUUGAACGAUUCAUUCUAUCACUGGUUUAAAAACAACAGAAAACAACCAGUAUCUUCUUAAAAGAAAAAUUCAAGGUGCAUUCCUGCCUGUUAACAAUUGUAUAUGAUAUAAAUUUGUUUCCUUUUUGAUGGCCUUCUGGACUUCAUCGCGAAUGUGCCGCUUCUGUGGAAGUCGUAAUGAUGUGAUUGUUAAUUUGGUAGAUACACUAUUGUGGGAAAAGCUAGUAGCAUAUUUCCCUAUAAAGUUCGACCCAGCCGAUUCACUUCCAAAGUCGUCAUGUAAUGAAUGUGCCAGUACUAUACGGCAAAUGGAAAAUUUUGUGCUAAAAGCUCGCGAGGUAGAGAAGAAAUUACUCGAGCAUGCCAGUCGCCCCAAAAGCAAUGUUCUGUCAGCAGCAGAAAUUCGAUCCCUAGCCAACUCGGUAGCGGCACACAAAACAAAGCCCCAGACGCAGAGUGUUCAUGAUGUUCUACGAAAGUUAACCACCACGUCGUCAGUUGUGGUGAAGAAAAUUACACCUCAGCUGGAUCCGUUGGGUGGAGUUGGUCAGUCAGAGGACGAAACGUCACUUAUGAAAAUGAAGAUGGAAGUGCUAGACGAAGAAGUUGUCAAUUUACCAGCAGAAGAUUUCAUUCAUUACAACGACACUGAUGACGAUGAUCCUCACACAGUUUAUAAACAUACCUUUCAAGUAACGAGUGAUACGAAAGGCGAUAAUUCUACAGACGAAUCGGUUUCUGCUCCAGAAGAUAAUAACGAUGAAGAUUAUGAACCCAACUCAAAGAAUAGAACAGUUUUUUACCAACAUAGGCAAUUUGUCGGCGAAGAACAGCAAGAAUUGAAGCAAACCUCUAAACCGCGUAAGUCGUCGACCGUUAAAAGUAUCGUAAUCAAUCUUACCGAUCCUUGUCACUAUGUUUGUGUGACCUGCAAGGAUAAAUUCGCUAGUUUCGAAGAUCUUCAGGCACACAUCGAUCAGAGUACAGCAUGCAAACGAGUUAGCUGCACGUGUGAACACUGUGGAAAGGUUUGUGAAACUCGAAGAGCACUCUAUCAGCAUAAGCUGUCGCAUAAUCCAAAGCCACAGUUAGUUUGUGAUCAGUGUGGUAAGGUCUAUACAAACUCAUUCAAUUUGGAGAACCACAAAAGUCAAGUACACGGUGGAGAGUUUGAAGAACUAGGAUACGUAUAUAAGUGCUGCGAGCAGACAUUUCAAACGCGGCGGGAACUGAACGACCAUGUGGCGACGCAUAGCAAAAAGUUGAAUUUGCUCUGCGAUUUGUGCGGAAAAUCUUUUACCUCGCACAAAGCACUACGAUCACAUAAUCAAAGCCAUAUGAACAUUCGACCCUUUUCGUGCGAAGUUUGCGGCAAAUCGUUUAGAACCAAACUGCUUCUAGUUCAGCACUCGCAUGUUCACACAGGAGUAAAGGUUUUCAGUUGCGAUUUGUGCGAGAAGUCGUUUGCUAAAAAAGAAUCGCUCAAGAGACACUAUAAGUUACACUCUGCCGAACCGGUAACCUGGACAUCGACGGGCGAAAAGAUAUCCGUAAAACCGCUGGAUCAAUUGCAAAAGCAUCAGUUUGUUGAGUUUGAUUCCGUUCAGCAGGAUACCCAUCAAGUAAGCUAAAGGACUGAUGUCCACCUUGGAUGUACAUAGCAAUAACAGUGCGUUCGAAUUGUUCGCGAAAUCAA